AAUAUAAUUGCCUUUUAAUUGCUUUAUGAGGUAAAAAGGGACAUGGAGCAUCAUUAAACCUCGACUGGUUUAGCUUUGUAUUGGAUUAAGGUCUUUUAUUGGUCUAUUUUUGUAUGUCCUUUUUGACAGGAGGCUAACUCACUACCUGGGAUGGGACGGCUGCAGUAUGUCCUGAGGAUUUGACCUCGCAGGACAACCUCUGGGUCUACACGUCGGUCGUCUGUGUGUAAUAAUCGUGGUAAAGAUAUUUAAGCAACUGCAGGGAGCUUUAUUUGUAUACCGGAAGUAUAACUGUGAGGUCGUCAUGGGGAGCAAAGUCAGCUCCAAAAUGGCAGCUCCGGCCGCUCGAGUUAUCCAGGCUAUUCGGCCUCACGCACCUCUCAUCAAGUUCCCCAACAGACAAGAAUUCUCAAGGCCCAAUGUCGUAGAGGUAUUGAAAGCGUUAGUGGUUAACACUUCUCCACACAAGGCUCCAGCUCCAAUACCAAGACCUCAUGUACCUUUGACCCCGAUCUCUGGCACGGCGGACACCCUGGCCUCCAUUCAGCUUCUCCCUGCGAGGUACCGCAGGAGACCCAUGACAGUGGAGGAAAUGGACUACAUCCAGCGUGGGGGACCAGAGUGACAUGAAGCAACUUAUUCACUGCAACCAAAGUCCUUAUUUGUUAGAGAUUAUUACUUGUCUUCAACUAUGUUAUUCAACACAAGAUAACCUAUUGCCACAUGAGACAUGAUGUAGAAUAAAGUAUUGCAUAAAGCCUG